AUGUCCGGUGGGAGGGAGUUCCAGAGGCGGGGGGCAGAGCGGCUGAAGGCUCUGGACCCCAUGGUGGUCAUGCGUGCCGGAGGGAUAGUGCGGCUGAUGGAGGAUGAAGAUCUGAGAGUUUGGCUGGGUGUGUUUAUGUGGAGGAGUUCAGUCAGGUUUUCAGAGGAGUUCAGCCUCUUGAUGGAGUUCCGUAGCUCUCAGAAAGAGGAGAGCAACGUGCUGACGGUGUUAAACUCCCAGCAUCACAUCCACCUGCAGCUCCGCCUCAGCCCACGUUCACUCACCUUCAUCUCCACUCAGCACAGAGAAUACGAGUUCCCGGUGGGGUCUCUGCGUGACGGCCAGUGGCACCGCAUCUCCCUGGGGGUCUCCCCGCUUUGGCUUGAGGCUUAUGUGGACUGCUCUCUGGUGGAGAGGGUGAACUGGGCUUAUCCGUGGCAGGAGAUCUCCAGUGAUGGCCUGCUGAUGAUGGGAGGCAGCCUUGAGGCAUUUGAGACGCCUUUUGAAGGUGACGUGAGACAGAUGACCUUUGUGAUGGGCGAUCCAGACGCUGCCAGAGACCACUGCACCCUCCACAGACUGGCCUGCAACCAAACAAUCUCUGAUGCACAUCGGGGCUUUCAAGGUCCUGCAGGUUUAGAUGGAAGGAGAGGGGAUCCAGGGCCUCCAGGAUCUCCAGGACUUCCCACUCUCUAUCUGUGGAGGAACACUGAGGAAGACUGGACCACUUUCAGGAGAGACACAGAGGCUGUAGGGAGGUCCGGGCCGCCCUGCCAGCCUCAGCUUCACCCUGACAGCCCUGGCAGUCCUCCACUCGUACCGAAGCUGCUGCUGCACUGCCAAGACAAAUACGAGCGAGAGCAGCAGAGCUGGGUGAUGCCUGGUCCACCAGGAUUGAUGGGUGAAAUGGGCAAACCUGGACUUCCUGGUAUUCCUGGAGAUUCAGGGGGCAGAGGGACACCAGGACAGAGAGGGGAGAUGGGUUAUCCUGGACCAAAGGGUAUUCCUGGAAACCCCGGCAGAUGGGGCAGGAAUGGCAGUCAAGGAGUGGAUGGGCGUCAAGGGCCACCAGGUCUACCUGGACUGAAGGGUCCGAGAGGUUUUAAAGGUGAAGCUGCUCCACUGGGAGAGCGAGGGGAUGAGGGCUUUAAAGGUGAGCCUGGACCAGGUGGAGACAGAGGAGAAGCAGGGGAAAAGGGUCCUGCGGGUAAAAGAGGCUUAAAGGGGCUUCCUGGACCUCCAGGGCCAAAGGGAGAUUGUGGACAUGAUGGAAUGAGGGGUCCUCCAGGACCAGCAGGUGCACCGGGGGCCACUGGGGGAAUUGGACCACCAGGACUGAAUGGGUCUGAGGGAGAUCAGGGUCCAACUGGUCCAAGGGGUCGCAGAGGCCCUGCAGGACCGUCUGGUUUAAGAGGAGUGGUGGGCUUACCAGGACCUCCAGGAAGUCAGGGUCCACCGGGCAGCAACUCUCCUCCUGGUCAGAAAGGGGACAUGGUUGGUGUUAACACGAAAAUCGGGGAUGACUGGAAGUCCUGGUCCCAAAGGAUUUCAUGGGCUUUAGAGGACUGGAUGGUGACAAAGGAGAGGCUGGACCCAAAGGAGACAAAGGCCCUCCAGGUGCUGCAGGGAUCCAAGGCCAUCAAGGGGAGAGGGGGGAACGAGGCAUCACAGGUCCUUCAGGGGUCGGAGGUCAACCUGGACCCAGAGGGAGAGAGGGUGAAGAUGGUGAAGCCGGUCUUCAGGGAGCUGUUGGGAAAGCAGGGUCAAAGGGUGACAGAGGAAUUCAAGGCCCACCUGGGAACCAAGGACUCAAAGGACGGAGGGGUUUUAGAGGCAGAGCUGGGAUUGAGGGGGCAGAAGGAAAGCCUGGGUGUUCCUGGUGCUGUUGGUUCUCUUGGACCUCGUGGAGACAGGGGGUUUCCCGGUGCAGCUGGUGAAGUAGGGAAGGCAGGUCCUCCUGGAGCUCCUGGAUACCCAGGAGCGGUGGGUCUGACUGGGAUACCGGGCCACAUUGGACCAAUGGGAGCUGCUGGUGUCAGAGGUCCUCCUGGUGUCCUCGGGAAGCGUGGACCUCCUGGUCUUCAGGGUCCUCCUGGUGAUAGAGGCCCUCCAGGACCCCAGGGACGUCAAGGAGAGUUUGGGCCUAAAGGCAUUCAGGGACCUCCAGGGCCUUUAGGUAAACCAGGACCAGGGGGAGGGAUGGGAAGUCCUGGUCCUCCAGGGAGCCAUGGGCCUCCGGGCCCACCGGGGUCAGCUGGACCAAGAGGGUUUCUAGGACCUGCAGGGGUUACGGGGCUGGUAGGUCAGACUGGAGCAAAAGGAGAGCAGGGAGCAAAGGGUCUGACUGGUGAUGUUGGUUCUGCAGGUCUAGAUGGACAACAGGGUCCUCCAGGUCCAGCUGGUGAAGAAGGGAUGACUGGGAACAAAGGGGAUCAGGGAGCUCCGGGCCCACAGGGACAACCAGGACGAAUAGGACCAAAGGGAGAGCUGGGACCUCAGGGCUCCCAGGGGCUGCAGGGUGAGCCUGGGCAGAGGGGCAAAGAGGGUUAUGGUGGAGAGCCUGGAGUUCCUGGGGAUCCAGGGGCCAGAGGAACAAAGGGAGAUUUUGGACAUCGAGGUCCAUCAGGAUCGGAGGGGCCUUCAGGAGUUCCAGGAAAAAAAGGACCUCGAGGGUCAAAAGGAGAAAAAGGAUUUGCAGGCUUUAUGGGUCCAGCAGGCCUGAGGGGGAAUGUCGGACCAUCGGGCUUAUUAGGACUACAAGGUCUUGAUGGUAUUUUUGGGAUUCCAGGAUCUGAUGGACCACCAGGACCAAAGGGGGGCAAAGGUCCUGUUGGUUUGAUCGGAGAGUCUGGAUCUCCAGGUCCUAAGGGGGUGAAAGGAAGUCGUGGUGAGAAAGGAGACAUGGGGAAACCUGGGCCUGUGGGCUCUGCAGGAACUAGAGGAAAACCAGGAAAUCUUGGUCCGAAGGGCUUUCCUGGACCUGAGGGGAUGAGAGGGGAGCCUGGCAAGGAAGGGGAGAGGGGAGAGCUGGGUCCUGAUGGCCUGCCUGGAAAUAAAGGACCUCCGGGAUUACCAGGGCCAGAGGGUGUCAUGGGUGAAAUAGGUCUCCAGGGUCCUUCAGGCAUUCCGGGACAUCAGGGUGAAGAUGGAAAAGACGGACGUUCAGGGAAGGAUGGACGUACGGGAAAGCGGGGAAGGAUGGGAGAUCCAGGUGCUUUUGGUCCUCCUGGAAGACACGGCAUAUAUGGUGGAACUGGUUUACGUGGGGAAAAUGGUGACGAGGGAAGAUCAGGACUGAAGGGAGAACCAGGUGCUAUGGGACCACCUGGCCCUCCUGGCAGAGAAGGCUUAAAGGGAGAACAGGGUGCUGCUGGAGAUCCAGGAAAGGCAGGCCAAAAAGGAGAGCAGGGUGAUAUCGGUCCACCAGGUAGACGAGGUGCUCCUGGCCUUCCUGGCCUUCCUGGAUUGUUUGGACAGAAGGGCCUGAAAGGAUUUACAGGACUACCAGGUCCGACUGGAGAGAAAGGCUUACAUGGUCCACCAGGCCCACCUGGACCCCCAGGACCCUCCCUGAACCUCACCCUGACCCAGAUGAAGGUGAUUGAGCUGAUGUUCAUUUCAGAUAAACCCAACUACCCUCUGGUCCGGACUUUGUUGGACUCCCUUCAGAGAGAUCUGCGUUGGUUCAUAGACCCUCCAGAUGGCACCAAAGAGCAUCCAGCUACUACGUGUCUGGAGCUGUGGCUAGCUCACCCCAACUACACCAACGGCAUGUAUUACAUCGAUCCUAACCAGGGAAGUCCAGCUGAUGCUUUCCAGGUGUUUUGUGACUUCACAGCAGAGCCAAAGACAUGUCUGUCUCCUCUUCAGCCUCAGGUUCCAGUGAAAGCAUGGCUGAAGGAUUCUGGCACCAAUAUGUCGUUUCAUUGGCUUAGCAGAGUUAAAGAUGGCUUCCAGUUUGAGUAUCCAGUAGGAGCUGAUGUGGUGCAGAUGAGAUUCCUGCGCCUGAACAGCAGAUUCUCCUCUCAGACCAUGACUUACUCCUGCCAUCCAGGAAGUAGACAGGGCCACAGAGAGCGGGAAGUCAAGUUCUUGGCCGACACACGGAGGCAGAGUUACCUGGGAGCGCUGCGAGACUGUGUGCUGUCGGAGCAGCCAGAGUCGGGCGCCCAGGAAGCAGUUUUUCAGUUUGAAAGUGAAGAUCUCCAGCUGCUUCCUCUCAGGGAUCUGGCAGUGUUCGGAAACAGAGACGUCACUCAGGAGUUUGGCUUCACUGUUGGACCCGUGUGCUUCAGCUAG